AUGAGUGCAGUUUCACUUGCACUUCUACUCAGCGUUCACCAGCUUGUUUUGCAGGACUGCGGAGCAGACUGUGCUAAGUUCCAGAAGAGCGAACUGGAGUACAAGUUCAACAAGAAAGCCUUAGAAAGGCCCUAUACCUCUAAGCACUCUUGGGGAAAGACCUAUGGGGACCACAAGCGCCACUUGGAGUUUAGUCAUGACCAAUAUAGAGAGCUCAAGAAAUAUGCAGAAGAGAUUGGCAUUUUCUUCACAGCUUCUGGUAUGGAUGAGAUGGCUGUGGAAUUUCUACAUGAACUGGAUGUUCCAUUUUUCAAAGUAGGAUCAGGAGAUACAAACAAUUUCCCAUAUUUGGAAAAGACUGCAAAGAAAGGUCGCCCAAUGGUUAUUUCCAGCGGAAUGCAGUCAAUGAACACAAUGCAUAAGGUUUAUCAGAUUGUGAAGCCCAUCAAUCCAAACUUCUGCUUCCUGCAAUGCACCAGUGCAUACCCACUUCAGCCAGAGGAUGUCAAUCUCCGUGUUAUAUCGGCGUAUCAGUCAGCUUUUCCUGAUAUUCCCAUUGGCUAUUCGGGGCAUGAAACUGGCAUAGCCAUUUCAGUGGCAGCUGUUGCUAUGGGUGCUAAAGUAGUGGAACGCCAUGUGACUCUCGACAAAACAUGGAAAGGAAGUGACCACCAAGCAUCCCUGGAGCCAAAUGAACUGGCAGAGUUAGUGAAAGCCAUCCGUACUGUGGAAAAGGCAAUGGGUUCUCCAGUCAAACAACUCUUGCCCUGUGAAAUGGCUUGCAAUGAAAAGCUGGGAAAGUCUGUUGUGGCAAAAGUGACAAUUCCUGAAGGUACAGUACUGACACUUGACAUGCUGACAGUGAAGGUAGGAGAGCCUAAGGGCUUUCCCCCAGAAGCCAUCUUCGAUCUGGUGGGCCAGAAGGUUAAAAAAAAUAUCGAAGAAGAUGAAACCAUCACUGAGCAAGCAGUGGAAAAUCAUGUCAAAAAAGUGAAGUGCUAAACCAAAGCACUCCAUUCCACAUUUCAUGAUGUAGUACUGUACUACUGCACAACAUAUUUAAGUAUAGCAGCAUGGUAGAUUAGAAGAAGGGGAUGUAAUUAUGAGGAUCCAAGCAGGUGAGAAUUUUCAGGUUCUCAUUAGUAGAAAAUUUCUGCAGCAACUGGGUAUAAAUUAUGAAGAGCAAUUUUAUUA